UCACGCCGUCCCUCCCACAUAGACGAGUUUUGCGAUGUAUUUUCAACAUUUUGCCAGUAAAAGUCUCAUUUUCGGAAGUUUGAGGACUUUUGAAAAGACACUUGGUCGUGGACUGAGGAGCGGUGUUGCUGUGCCAGGCGGCGCGAGUUUGAAGGGUCGCAGCUGCUUGACCCUGAGAGACUUCACUUCGGAAGAAAUCAAGACGCUUUUGUGGGUUUCUGCCGAUUUAAAAGAUCGCAUCAAGCGUGGAAAACAGUAUCUGCCUCUUCUGCAAGGGAAGUCCAUUGCGAUGAUAUUUGAGAAGAGGAGCACCAGAACAAGAAUGUCCACAGAAACAGGCUUCGCUUUGCUGGGGGGGCAUCCUUGUUUCCUCACAGCCCAAGACAUCCAUCUGGGAGUGAACGAGAGUUGCACUGACACCGCAAGGGUUCUAUCAGGACUGUGUGACAUCGUCCUGGCUCGAGUGCCCAGUCACGCCACACUGGAGGAACUGGAUAAGGAGGGCUCCAUUCCCAUCAUCAACGGACUGUCAGACCUCUACCACCCAAUCCAGAUUCUGGCAGACUUCCUGACCUUACAGGAGCAUUAUGGGUCCCUCGCUGGACUAACGCUGAGUUGGAUUGGAGAUGGCAACAAUGUCCUGCACUCUUUUAUGAUGACUGCACCCAAAUUGGGAGUCCACUUAAAAGUUGCUACCCCUAAGGGUUAUGAGCCAGAACGGAGCGUAACUGAAGAGGCUGUGAGACUCUCGAAAAAGCACGGUACCCGGCUCGUACUGACCUCGGAGCCCACGGAGGCGGCUCGCGACAGCAACGUUUUGGUGACUGACACCUGGGUGAGCAUGGGGCAGGAGGGGGAGAGAAGAAAAAGGCUCCAAGACUUCCAUGGUUACCAGAUUACCAUGCAGACAGGAAGUGUAGCCCAGCCAGAUUGGACCUUCCUGCACUGUCUUCCCCGCAAAAAGGAGGAGGUGGACGAUGAAGUUUUCUACUCGUCCCGCUCCCUCGUCUUCCCUGAGGCAGAGAAUCGGAAGUGGACAAUCAUGGGCUUGAUGGUGUCCCUCUUGACCGACUACAAACCACAAACGCCAAAGCUCAAGUUUUAAUUAUGGAGUUUAGGCGCAUUCAAGACAUCUCUUCAUCAAAAAAAAAAAAAAAAACAACAAAAAAAUAGUUACUGCUAUCUAUUUUGCUUUUUGAAUCAUACGUCAAUUCCAUUAUAUUGACUUCCUCGUGUGGCUGUAUUAA